CAUAGUAAAGAUUUGCUACUUGCUAACUUCCAGCUUCAGAACCCUAUAAACUUUUGUGUAUUCGGGUUAAAGGUUAGUGAUAGAGAGCAGCUGUUGAGUAAUUAAUCCACACGCUGAGGAGUCGCUUCAGAUAAGACGUGUGGAAAAAAGGAGGAGGAGGAGGAUGAAGGCAGACUUUGACCUCACAGAAGUGAGCUCUAUUUUCUGGAUUGAUCUGUCACUCCUGCGUGUCUCCCGGCUCGGUUCUGUCACACUCGCCCGGUCAGGAUGAUUAACUUUGCUCCUUUGAGCGUUCCUCUGAGGAGGAGGCUCCAGACGGUCGCUGUGCUGCAGUGGGUCUUCUCCUUCCUGGCUCUGGCCCCAUGCUGCAUCGUGCUCUUUAUCUACCUUCUCUUCACUCGCUUCUGGUUGAUCAGUGUGCUCUACGCCACCUGGUGGUUUGUGGAUUGGGACACGCCCUCUCACGGAGGGAGGAAAGUUCCCUUCGUGUGUCACCUCUCAGUGUGGAGAUACAUGAGGGACUACUUCCCCAUUCAGUUGGUGAAGACGGUGGAUUUGGACCCUAGGCAGAACUACGUGUUGGGGUUUCACCCUCACGGUAUCCUGGUGGCCGGAGCCUUCACUAACUUCUGCACGCAGGCCACAGGGUUCGAGCAGCUGUUCCCCUGCCUGAGGAGCUACCUGCUCAUGCUGCCCCUGUGGUUCAGAGCUCCUUUCUUCAGAGACUACAUCAUGUACGCAGGCCUGGUCCCCUCUGAUAAGGAAAGUGCAAGUUACCUGCUGAGUAAAGAAGGGGGCGGGAACGCAGUGGUCAUCGCAGUGGGCGGAGCUCUGGAGGCUCUGGAUGCUCACCCAGGAACUCAUACUGUCCUGCUGGCCAAUAAGAAAGGCUUCAUCAAACUCGCAAUGGAGCAUGGUGCUAGUCUGGUACCUGUGUAUUCGUUUGGAGAGAACGAGGUGUUUGAUCAGGUCCCCAAUCCCCAAGGGACCCUGUUACGGUGGACACAGAACCGCCUGCAAAGCAUCAUGGGUAUUUCUCUUCCUCUCUUUCACGCUCGAGGGAUUUUCCAGUACAGCUUCGGCCUCAUGCCUUACAGGAAGCCCAUCGCCACCGUGGUUGGUAAACCAAUCAGAGUGCAGAAAAAUGAGAAGCCGAGCGCAGAGGACCUGGACGCUCUGCAUGAGCUCUACAUGGACGAACUCACACAGCUGUUUGAGGAGCACAAGGGAAAAUAUGGUGUACCUGAGGACACACACCUGGUCUUCAUCUGAGCCAGAGAAACGCUGUGUACAUCGUGUGUGUGUGUGUAUGUGUGUGUGUGUGUAUGAGAGUGAGAGAACAAGCUACCAAAAAGACACAAAAGUUUGUAAAAAUUGAGAGAUCUGGAUUCUGAUCUGCUGUGACACUUCUGUGUGGAUGUGAUCUCAGGAAUGCGUCAUGUCCGUCUCUCCAGAUUCUGUAAAUUAAAUAAAUUAAAUAAAUCUUUUAUUUAAUACAUCCGUUUUCAAUUAAAAUAGAUUCUGUGUUACUGUGUGUGUGUGUGUGUGUGAAUCAUACAGUAUCAUAUCCCUCAGUAACAAAAAUAAGUUCUAUAAUAAAUGAUGAUGAUGAUUAUUAUUAACAUACCAUCUCUACGCCUUCAGGCUUUUGGCCACGCCCCCUCCUGGAUCUGUGUGCUGAGGGAGAAUUUUCACUGUGAAUGUUAUUUUAUUUGUAUCUUCGUGACUUAAUUUAAAGCGUUCAGCUUGUCCUCAGAAACACGGCAGCACAUGUGAGCGAGGAGACGACGGAGGUUUCGUAUGAGAGCUCGAGCUCUCAGAAUAAACUCGCCUGUGUGCCGUCUGUCUCUGACUCCGAUGAGCGUAUCUCCAUACAGAGAUACACAAUUAUUCCUCUGUGAUCAGUGAUGAGAAACCGCGACAGCUCAACUGUCUUGUUCAUUUGUGCUCGUAAAAUCUCCACUGCACUGAAAUGACUGGGAUAUGUUACAAUUCUACACUUUUACAUCCAGCUGCUGAGCUCCGUCUCCACACAACUCUAACACAACACAACACAAGCUCUUCUGUCAUCACUUACAUCAUCUGCUGUGGAAGCUAGACAGCUAGCCGAACACACACACACACACAGUGUUUCACUUUUGGCCAAUAAAAAUC